AUGGACCAGUACCGCUUCGGCGACGAGAACGCCGUUCAUUCGGAGACGCAGCUUUCUGGAUUUUCGGAUUCUCAGGGGCUGAACUGCAGUGACGCUCUCAACCACGACUUAUGUCUAAAUGCGAGGGAGAUGACAUACGCAGGCCUGAGCGGCUUAGAUAUGGUCCCGGGCCUUUCAGCUGCAGAUAUGGCCAGUGAUGCUUUGGAGGCCAAUGUAAAUGGACUCUCCUUGUAUUCAGUGAAGGACUGUGAUUCCGUUAAGCUCCUUGAUGAGUCUGACUCUGACUCACAGCCUUCUCUGCGUGAACUGGGGCUUCCCAUGCUCACAGGAUCUAAGGAAGUCGAACAAGGAGGCAGAGCCAAUUCUGGUCUCGCAAGGAAAAGGAAGCAUCAGCACAGCUCUCCUAAAACCCCGUUCCUGCAUUGCAGCCUCUGUGGGAAGGUGUUCAGCAGUGCCAGCUCUCUCAGCAAACAUUACCUGACUCACAGCCAGGAACGGAAACACGUCUGUAGAAUCUGCAGCAAAGCUUUUAAACGGCAGGACCACCUGAAUGGGCACAUGUUGACACAUCAGAAAACAAAACCUUUUGUGUGCUUAGAAAAAGGCUGCACUAAGAGUUACUGCGAUCACCGUUCGCUGCGCCGGCACUACGAAGUGCAGCAUGGCUUGUGCGUCUUGAAGGAGGCUCCUGAUGAAGACGGCGGUGACGAAUCGCUGCUUCCUCACAAGGCGCUUAUCCAGGCAGGACAAGGCGGCGUGAGGCCUACGGAAAGACUGACUGUGCACUCGGAGUCCAAGUCGGAUUCUUCUCCCCCCAACAGAGACCUGCUAAGAUGCAUCGUGAACAACUUUGUAAAUCAGAAGCUUCCAUCAGCUACGCUGUCCUCUGCAGAGCACACAAAUACUGAUUUAACAGACUCGUGGCCGCCCUGUUCCUCCUCAGCCAGCCAGGUCUCUUGCGUUGCUUCGAACAGUAGUGGGCUUGUCGAGGCCGCGGGUGAUGAUAUAGCGAAAGAUCACCUUCCUUGCCAAAAGAGUGCUGCUGCUUCCAACGUGUAUGCCAUAAUAAAUCCUGGUAAUGUGUCUGUAAUCGCACCAGGCGAGAACAUAGUUACAAAUUUAACUGAUAGAUCUUUGAUUCCAGAGCCACAGUUCCCCCUGGAGCCCGCAAGGCUCGAGUAUUGUCCUAGCAGUGCUCUACCUUGUUUUCCGAUAUUCAGAGGGCAGAAGACUUCUCAAACAAACUCUCACCAGUCAAGCGGUAACUUUCAGUGGAUGAGAAAUGUGCCAGUUUGUGCUAAAAACAAAAGGAAUAGUGUCUGUGUUGCUCACAAGCCAUCUCUCGUAGCUCAGGAUGUUUCAGAGGGGUUAGCUGGACCUUCCCACGCAUUCUCAGCCUUUCCACAGACAUACGAGUGUCCGGACACUUUAUCAUUCACUGUUGCACCUUUUAAAGCAGAAGAGGAAGCCUUGGGUGACUCAGCGCUUAGUUGUUCUGAGGAAGCCUUUAGGUCAGCGAGAAGCCACGACUCUCAUCCAUGGGAGAGCUGCGGGGAGUCGAGUUUUCAGGACACGCAGAAGCAGAGUGUGUUCCAGAAUGAGAGCAGCCCCUUAGUGAGGCAGCUUUUCGUGAAAUCCCAGGAGUCUGUGGUGAGCCAGGACCUGUUUCACAUGAUAACCAAAUCUCAGCACAUCCUGUCUCAUGCCCAAAUGGCUCCAUCCCAGCUGGUGACUUCUGAGGCUAAACACGUGGCACCAAAACCACUCCAAGCAGUAUUUCAGCAGCCACCUCACUUGACUCACCAUCUUCCAGAGCCAACAGAACAUGAAGGGUCUUCCACAUUCCUGCAGAAGAGCAUAACCCAGUUUCAGAAGGACAUUUUAUCAGAUAAUGAGAAAAGAGGACAGCAAACAGUCCCUGCUUUUCAGUCCCUUCAGCCAGGAUCCUUGAAAGAAUGUAUAGGAUUGAAAGAUGCCUCUGUUCCUAGUCAAGUACAGCCUGCGGUGCAUGACAACGCCAUGGGAUGCCAUUCGUACGGGAAGUCAAAUCAGCUAGAGAGCAAGACUUCUGUAUCUAACAGAAAAGAGAAAAGUAAAGGUCGUAGCAAAGAAACGAGUGGAAAAACACAGAUGGGCGCUGGUAGAUCCCGACGUUUGCCUGGUAUCCGUAAAGAAAAGCUGAGGUUUGACGUGACUUGCACGGCCUCCCCGAGUCAAGUAGCUAUGGCGUCCUUCUCGUCGUCUGGCGCUUCACCUGUGCCUGCGUUCAGGGAGAAGCCCAGGCUGACCAUUUUCAAUAGGAUUCAAGGUGGAAAUAUCUACAGCCUUACUAACACAGUAAAGGAAGAAAGUUUGUCAGCUGGAUGUAAUAAGACCAGUGAUGUUCCUACAGAUGGAGGCAAAUAUGAAAGUGGUUUUCUUUGCAAGAACUGCAGUCAGCUGUUUUAUACUGAGAAAGGUCUGGAGAGCCAUAUGUGUUUUCACAGUGAACAGUGGUAUUCACCAGAAAGGAAGGAGGAACAGCAGGUGCACAAUGCAGAAAAUGUAAAUGCUCAGAAACUGCUGCUCCAGCCAAGAGGAGAUGGAAGCAGUCCCUCAAAACCUGAGAUGCGUUUAGAAGAUCUAACAGUGGCUCCUUUGGUGAUUCCUGUCUCAGUACCUGUGACGGCUACAAACCCCCAAGCAGGCAAUGAAGUUAAUGAAAACGAAAGCCAGGAUGCGAAGGACCUCAAAGAAAGCUUGCACCAAAAAAAGAGAAAGAGGCAAACUCGGCCAAAGUCUCUUUUUAUCCCACCUCCACCUUCUUUUGAAGUCCAGCCGGGGACGGGAGGAUGUUACCAAAGUAAUCUUCGUUCACCUGUGUUCCUGGUUGAUCAUCUCCUGAGAGACUUGUUCCAGUGCUCUCCUUACACCCCACCUCCAAUGCUCAGCCCGAUACGGGAAGGAUCAGGGCUUUAUUUCAGCACUCUCUGCUCUUCCGCUAAUGGUGAUCCCAACCAGCUGUUCAGUACUGUAUUAGACAGAACGGACAGAGACUUUGGAUUUUGUCUUGUGAAGGAUAACACCAAAAUCAGCAUUGAGCCACACAUUAACAUUGGAAGUCGAUUUCAGGCCGAGAUACCAAACCUCCAGGAUAGAUCAUACUUAGAAAGCGAUGAGCAGGCAGCCUCCUUAGUCUGGAAACCCUGGGGAGACAUCGCAACUAACCAGGAAACACAGGACAGAGUAACAGAACUGCUAAAUAUGGCCUGCUCCAGUGUAAUGCCCGGUGGAGGAACUAACCUAGAGCUCGCCUUGCAUUGUCUGCAUGAAGCGCAAGGCAACAUUCUGGAGGCCCUGGAAAUGCUGCUCUUUGGAGGGCCCCAGAAAUCUGAAUCCCAUCCUCUUGCUAAUUACCGUUACGCAGGUUCGGAUAUUUGGACACCUGUUGAGAGGCAGUUGUUUAAAAAGGCCUUUUGUGUACACAAGAAGGAUUUUUACCUGAUACAGAAGAAGAUUCAGACUAAGAAUGUGUCCCAGUGUGUUGAAUAUUACUAUAUCUGGAAAAAAAUAAUAAAAUUUGACUACAGUCGAGUUCAAGUAAUAGAAAAAAAGGUCAAGAAAGACAAGAAUGAGUUAGAAAAGACUGAAGAAAAGACUGCUUGCAGCCCCCCCCAAAGGAAUAGUCAUCUGCCUAAAGAAGGCGUGAAGAUAAAGCAAAAGAAUUAUAAAAAGAUGCCCCACGGUACAUGGAGUCCAUCCUGCAGCCUGAAAGGAUCUCCAUACCGGUCUGGAAGUACAGACGAUCAGUGUGCAUUUCCAUGUAGAGAAUGUGAAAGGGUAUUUGACAAGAUAAAAAGUCGAAACGCUCAUAUGAAACGCCAUCGGCUGCAGGAGCAGGUGGAGCCUCUCAUGAAGAUAAAAUGGCCCUUGAAACAUUUUAAAAAUGAAGCAAAGACGGAAGAAACCCAGACGUUGACCUCCUCCAGUGGUAACUGGGAAACUACAAUUUCAGAGUAG